AUGAAGAAAAACAUCAUAGUACUAAACCCUUUAUCUUUUUCUCUCUUCCUCUUCAUUAUUACCCUCUUCACUCACUCCCAAAACGACGACGCUUUAGUCAUGCUAUCUCUCAAAAAAGCUAUCAACCCACCCGGUUCACUCGGUUGGUCCGACCCGGAUCCAUGUAAGUGGACCCACGUUUCAUGCUCCGACGACAACCGCGUUACUCGAGUCCAAAUCGGUCGUCAGAAUCUCCACGGCACACUCCCUCAGAAUCUCCACAACUUAACCGAGUUACAACACUUGGAGCUUCAGUUCAACAAUUUCUCGGGUCCUCUCCCGAGUUUAAACGGGUUAAACUCUCUUCAAGUUUUCAUGGCGAGUAGUAACAGUUUUACUUUAAUUCCCGGUGAUUUUUUUGCUGGUUUGUCUCAGCUUGUUUCUGUAGAGAUCGAUGAUAACCCUUUUGAGCCUUGGGAGAUUCCUGACUCGCUUAAAGAUGCUUCUUCGCUUCAGAAUUUUUCUGCUAACAAUGCUAAUGUUAAGGCUUUUAAUAAGAUUGAGGGUGUGUUGCCGAAGAGCUUUUCUGGUUUAAAGGUUGAGUCUUUGUGGUUGAAUGGUCAGAAGAGUGAUGGUAAGCUUACUGGGUCGGUUGAGGUUUUGCAGAAUAUGACUUCUUUGACUGAGGUUUGGUUGCAUUCUAAUGCUUUUAAUGGUCCUUUACCUGGUUUUCAAGGGUUGAAAGAUUUAGAGGUUUUGAGUUUAAGGGAUAACUCUUUCACUGGUGUUGUUCCUAGUUCGUUGGUUAGCUUGAAGUCGCUUAAAGUUGUGAACUUGACUAAUAACUAUUUUCAGGGUCCAGUGCCUGUUUUUGGUGCUGGGGUUGAGGUUGAUAAUGUUAAGGAUUCUAAUAGCUUUUGUUUGUCUCGUCCGGGUGAUUGUGAUCCUAGGGUGCAGGUGCUUCUUUCUGUUGUUGGGGUUAUGGGUUAUCCUUUGAAGUUUGCUGAGAGUUGGAAGGGGAAUGAUCCUUGUGUUAAUUGGAUUGGGAUUACUUGCAGUGAUGGGAACAUUAGUGUUGUUAAUUUUCAAAAGAUGGGUCUUAGUGGUGUGAUAUCUCCGGAGUUUGCUAAGCUUAAGUCGCUGCAAAGACUUAUUCUUUCGGAUAACAAUAUCACUGGUUUGAUUCCUAAUGAGCUUACUACUUUGCCUAUGCUAACUCAAUUGAACGUUGCAAACAAUCAUCUCUAUGGUAAAACACCUAGUUUUAAGAGGAAUGUGAUUGUGACUACUAGUGGGAACGUUGAUAUUGGGAAGGAUAAGAGCAGUCUUUCACCUCAGGGUUCACUGUCUCCUAAUGGUACCGAUGCGAAUGGAGGAAAUGGUGGGAGUUCUGGAAAUGGCGGCAAAAAGUCUUCUUCUCAUGUAGGAUUGAUAGUGUUUGCUGUGGUUGGUGCAGUUUUUGUGGCCUCUUUGAUUGGUUUCUUUGUUUUCUGCUUGCUAAGGAUGAAGCAAAAGAAGUUAAGUAGGGUUCAGAGUCCGAAUGCACUAGUUAUUCACCCUCGGCAUUCUGGAUCAGAUAACGAAAGUGUGAAGAUAACAGUUGCAGGUUCGAGUGUCAGUGUUGGAGGUGUGAGUGAAGGCCACGCCAUUCCCAACAGUGAGGUGGGAGAUAUUCAAAUGGUUGAAGCGGGAAACAUGGUCAUUUCAAUACAGGUUUUAAGGAGUGUCACUAACAAUUUCAGCGAGAAAAAUAUAUUGGGACAAGGAGGUUUUGGGACGGUUUAUAAAGGUGAACUCCAUGAUGGUACACGAAUUGCAGUGAAAAGAAUGGAGUGUGGGGCAAUAGCCGGGAAGGGUGCGUCAGAAUUUAAGUCUGAAAUUGCUGUUUUGACAAAGGUUCGUCACCGACAUCUUGUUGCUCUUCUCGGAUACUGCUUGGAUGGGAACGAGAAGCUUCUUGUGUAUGAGUACAUGCCUCAGGGAACCCUAAGUAGGUAUAUUUUUAAUUGGCCGGAUGAAGGGCUCGAACCACUUGCGUGGGAUAGGAGAUUGAUCAUUGCCUUAGAUGUCGCAAGGGGUGUUGAGUACCUUCAUAGCUUGGCUCAUCAAAGCUUCAUACACAGAGACUUGAAACCUUCAAACAUUCUCCUUGGAGAUGAUAUGAGGGCAAAGGUCGCAGAUUUUGGUCUAGUGCGCCUUGCUCCCGAAGGGAAAGCAUCAAUUGAAACAAGAAUUGCAGGAACUUUUGGAUAUUUAGCUCCGGAAUAUGCAGUUACCGGCCGCGUGACAACUAAAGUUGACGUGUUCAGCUUUGGAGUAAUACUGAUGGAGCUCAUAACUGGAAGAAAAGCACUUGACGAGAGCCAACCCGAGGAUAGCAUGCACCUUGUAGCAUGGUUCCGAAGAAUGUACUUAGAUAAGGAUUCAUUCCGCAAGUCCAUCGACCCCACAAUUGAUAUCAAUGAGGAAACACUUGCGAGUAUUCACACUGUAGCAGAGUUAGCUGGUCACUGCAGUGCAAGGGAGCCAUAUCAAAGACCAGACAUGGGCCACGCAGUUAACGUUCUUUCAUCUCUUGUUGAACAAUGGAAACCGUCUGAUUUGAAUUCCGAAGAUAUAUAUGGUAUCGACCUUGACUUGUCUUUACCACAAGCACUCAAGAAAUGGCAGGCUUAUGAAGGUGCAAGUCAAUUGGAGUCUACUUCUUCUUCUUCGCUUCUUCCAAGUUUGGAUAACACGCAAACAAGUAUACCUACUCGUCCAUAUGGAUUUGCCGAUUCUUUCACGUCGGCAGAUGGGAGGUGA